UAAAAGCGCACAGAAGAGUCGUGUGAGCUGUUAAGCGAAGACAAGAAGCUCUUUGUGAGAGUUCUGCGACUAACAGGUUUUAAGUCCAUUCUAAGCAAUCCUAUUGAGAGGUAAACUAAUUUCUCAUAGGGCAUUUUGGAAUGGUUCUAUUGCGUGGAUGCAAGUGAAUAUCGUUUUGUCGUGGUGACAAUAGGAUAACAUCUCUCCUGUGGUGAUGUGCCUCCGCCGAUGCUUUGAGGCUAAGCUGCUAUGACUUUCUGUGAGGCGUUUUUUCAAACCAGUCUAAUGGUUUAAGAGAUGUUUUCAAAGAAUGGAAACAGUCGACGUGUCGAUCAGAGAGCAACAAUUCCACGAGCGAGUGCGAGAGACUUUGAUCUGUGUCAUUCUCUUCAGCUCCCUUUACAUCGUGUCCUACCUUAUUCUCACCCACUUCAAGAAAAAUGCAGAGUUUGUCACUGAUGACAUUGAGGAUGCCACAGUCAACAAGAUUGCGUUGUGGCUGUGUACGUUCACCCUCUCUGUGGCGGUGUGUGCCGUGCUCCUGCUCCCCAUCUCCAUCCUGUCCAACGAGGUGCUGCUCACCUUCCCCCACAGCUACUACAUGCAGUGGCUCAACGGCUCCCUCAUCCACGGCCUGUGGAACCUGGUCUUCCUCUUCUCCAACCUCUCUCUGGUUUUCCUCAUGCCCUUUGCCUACUUCUUCCUCGAGUCGGAGGGCUUUGCAGGAUCUAAAAAGGGCGUGAUGUCCCGUGUGUAUGAGACCGCGGUCAUGCUGCUGCUCCUGAGCCUGCUGGUACUGGGCAUGGUGUGGGUGGCGUCGGCCCUGCUGCACCACCACACAGCCAGGAAGAGCCUCUACGACCUGUGGGAAUACUACCUGCCCUACCUGUACUCAGGCAUUUCACUUUUUGGAGUGCUGCUACUCUUACUGUGCACUCCCUUUGGCCUGUCUCGGAUGUUCAGCAUCACUGGCAGCCUGCUGGUCAAACCUCGGCUGCUGGAGAAUGUGGAGGAGACGAUGAACUGUGCAGUGCUGGAGGAGGCCUCUCUCCACAGGAAGCUGAAGAACAAUGCCUCAUGCUGGAUUAAUAUGGAGUCAGUGAAGACGCAGUUUCUAAGUGUGCAGGCCAAACGCAUUGCUUUAGAAAUGCGGAGGAGGGCAUCCCCAUGGCAACGUAACUUGGGCUACCCACUGGCCAUGCUCCUGCUGCUGGCUCUAACGGUUGUGUGUGUGCUGAUGGUGUGCUUCCACAUCUUGGAGCUGCUGUUCUACGAGACGGCCAUGCCCAGAGGAAUGGAGGACCCGCGGCUGGGCAUGGCCUCGUUCUCCAUAUUCGGCUCCCUGGGAGCAGCCGUGGAAGUGGUGCUCAUUCUUUAUCUGAUGGUGUCAUCCGUGGUGGGCUUCUACAGCUCCCCGCUGUUCUCAGGUCUGCUGCCUCGUGCUCAGGACACCACCCUCACACAGAUCAUUGGGAACUGUGUGUCGUUGCUGGUGCUGAGCUCAGCCCUGCCUGUCUUUUCCCGGACACUUGGCAUCACCAGGUUCGAUCUGCUGGGAGACUUUGGACGCUACAACUGGCUCGGCAACUUUCACAUUGUGUUCCUGUACAAUGUGCUGUUUGCAGGCCUCACCUCGGCGUGCCUCAUGAACACGCUCACCUGGGCUGUGCAACGGGAGCUCAUCCGCGCCUUUGGCCUCCACAAACUGCCCCUGACUGUGUCUCGCUCCACCAUCCCCUUCAAGCUGCUUGUGGCCAGCGGGCUCUCGAGGAUCCAGUGAGGCGGCCGGAGCGUUCUCUCGAUCUCGCCACUCUAAAGGAGCUCUGCUCUGACCGCAGCCUCUCCUGGCGUCCAACAGAGCUGCUAGAUGCCUGUGGGGAUUGGCUGGAGGAGCACCUGGAUACAGAGUGCCCAGGUGCACCCAAACUCAGUGUCAGGUUUGACAUGACCGCGCUGUUGAUUUGUCUUUAAGUGAAGUGCUAUUGUAACCAGUCCCAAAUAGACAAGCAAUGUUCUCGGAGGGACCAGAAGCAGCAGUGACCAGUGCCUCAGGACCAAUGCACUGAGGAGGACCGCACACUGAAGAGCAAUGGCUCUCUCAACUGGGAGAACACUCGUCACUGAUGGGACAAGCCAUUUUAGAGGGCGACCUCAUGAUGAUGUAAUUUCCUCUUCCUGCUUAAUGAACGGAGCAUCUCUCCCCUUAAUACACCCGUGCACCCCCCUUUUUCCCCAAAUGCACAUUUUCCUUUGACACAUCAUUUAUUUUUAGAGUUCAUCUUAAACUACAAUUCACAGGCUCUGCUAUGCACUGCUAAAGGGAGAUGAAGAGGGGAAGUGUCCACAGAAGAGCACAUCAGAUUAAUGGGGGGCAGACAUUGUGUUUUUAUUGAAGCAUUGGUUGGUAAUGUUUGCCUCACAUGGCAAAGAGGAGGCUUCAGUCCAAAUGUGAUCUAAGCAUUUGACAACAAACAGUGAAUCUGGUUGUUAUGGCUGCUGUUGUUUGGAUUUUCCAGCUGCCUUAGACCAAGGAAACUGUGACGUUUUAAUAUCAAUACUGUAAACAUGUUUUUUUUUUACUCAUUGUCUUGUGUGAAUGAAGUGCAAUAUUAUAUUUGCUAGUGAAACAUUUUGCAAAGGUUGUAUGCCAUAAAAUCCAAAACCUUUUUAGCCCAGUUGAUUGGAAAUGUGAAAUACAGGAAUGUGUGGCAUUCAUUUCCAAAUGUGUAUUUGGACAGGGGUUUAAGUACUUUUAUAAUAUACAUAACAAUUACUGACUUGGAUCAGGAAGUUGAUUUAUUGACUUUGUGGUUAUGUUGCCAUUAUAGAUCCAAUGUACCUAAUGCAUCUCACAUAAGUCGUGAAUGUGUGCACUCCCUCACUCUCACUCACCAACUUCAAACCAAAUAUAGAUGACUCAUUCAUUUGUUUAGAUUGAGUAAAGGGGAAUGUUUGACUUAAUCCCUCUUUCCCAGUAAAAUGUGAAGCCUGUAAAAAAGUAUGUAUUUUGUAAUGAAACUUUACACUCAGUUCCAGUAAUGUGUGUGGUGUGUGUGUGUGUGUGUGUGUGUCCAAUUGUAAACACCAAGUGAAGAGAAUGUGGUCCUUUUAAUUUCUGAUCAGCAGAGGGCAGUGUCUUCCAGUUGUCUUAUCUGCACAUGGCCCUUCUCUCGGUCCCCUGGCCUCUGUCAUCAUCCCUCAGUCUGUUGUCACACAAUAUUCACAGUGCCUUUUGAUCCUUACAUGUGUGUAGCACAGUGGGUGUACAAGGUAUUCUCUCCUUCUGUGGUUGUUUAACUUGUUACACUUUUGAUCAGCAUAUUUUCCACCAACUUAUUUAACAUGUUCAAAUACUUUUAAUGUUCUUGGAAAACAUAGUGAGUGAAAUGGUGAAAAGGCCAAGGACCACUUAACCAAUAAAACAAAAAUCACGGACCACCUACCUAAACAAACAACAAAAAAACAGCAGUAGCCUAUAUUAGACAAUAGGUCUACUGAACCACCUUGCUUGUUGUCUUUGCACCUUGCUUAUUGUGUCAGGACUCAUAAGAUUUAAAGUGUUGUAGCUUACAUAGACAGUGUUGCAGAACUGUUUGGAUUUACAUACAAGUUGGUUCAAUAUUGCAAACAACUCAUCUGUAUUAUAUUUUACCAUGUCUGCUCGCGGACCACUUGGGAUCGCUUGCGGACCACACUUUGAGAAACACUGUUCUAUAGCAUGAAGUGGACAGUGUAUGUAAAAUUAAAGAGUUAGUCCAGAAGAAUUUUUACAGGGAACCACUAUGGUGUGUGGACUUGCAAACUUAUAUUUCAGUAAUGUUUUGAUUAUUAUCAGUUUGGAUGACAGACUGCAAAUGUUUUUAUUGGUAAUUUAUUUACCUUGUCAAACUGUACAUUUCUGAUGCAUAAAUUAUAAAUACUGAGUGUUUCAAAUGGGGAAAAUUAGUAUUAAAUGUAUUUUAACCCUUA